AUGGUUCGAAUAUUGGCGUUUUCCCAAACUCAGCUUGCUUCUCUUCCACCGUUCACGCCUUUAUUCGUGUCGUUGAUCUGGAGGAAUGCCUGCUUACGACUGAGAAUUGCAGAGAGUUCUGUAAAACGCGAUCGCGGAACCACCUCUAUAGCGGUAAAUCCUUUCCGCACCUUUCCCAUUGCUUUCCCCACCUUUCCCAUUCCUUUCCUCCCCUUUCCCGGUCCUUUCCGCGCCUUUCAAGCUUCUUUCUGUGGCUUUCAGGUUACUUCCUGCACCUCUCCCAGUCCUUGCCGCACCUCUCCCGGUCCGUUCCGCGUCUUUCAUGUUCCUUUUUGCGCCUUUCAAGUUCCUUUUCGUGCGUUUCAAGCUACUUUCCAUUUCUUUUCCGUUCCUUUCCGCUCCUUUUUCGUCGCUUUCCUACUAUUCCCGCUCCAUUUCACACCUUUGAACUUGGUUACCGCGCCUUUCCGGUUCUUUUACGCACCUUUCCCGUUUCUUUUCCGCACCUCUCCCGGUCCUUCCCGCUCCUCUCCCGGUCCUUCCCGCUCCUCUCCCGGUCCUUCCCGCUCCUCUCCCGGUCCUUUUCGCGCGUUUCGAGUUCCUUUUCGCGCGUUUCAAGUUCCUUUCCGCUCCUUUUUCGUUCCUUUCCUACUAUUGCCGCUCCAUUUCGCACCUUUCAACUUGGUUUCCUCGCCUUUACCGUUCUUUUACGCGCCUUUCCCGUUUCUUUUACGCACCCUUCCCGUUUCUUGCCGCACCUUUCAAGUUCCUUUCGGCACCCUUUACGUUCUUUUGCGCUCCUUUCCCUUCGUUGCCUCUCGUUUUGUUCGUUUCAUUCCCUUUGUUUUCCGCACCGUUCCCUUGUAUUCUGGAUGCAUCGCGACACCAUCUAAGAACACGAUCUGCCUCGACAUCAUAAUCUAA